AUGGAGGCGCCGGCGGCCAGAGGAGGAGCGCGAAUGCGGCUCCGGCUGGUGUCCCUGGUGGUGGUGGUGGCGAUGGCGGCGGCGACGGCGCGGGCGCAGCUGCAGGUCGGGUACUACGACACGCUGUGCCCGGCGGCGGAGAUCAUCGUGCAGCAGGAGGUCAGCAAGGGGGUGUCCGGCAGCCCCGGCACCGCCGCCGGCCUCCUCCGGCUCCACUUCCACGACUGCUUCGUCAGGGGCUGCGACGGGUCGGUGCUGCUGGACUCGACGCCGGGCAACCAGGCGGAGAAGGACGCGCCGCCAAACUCGAGCCUCCGCGGGUUCGAGGUGAUCGACGCGGCCAAGACGCGGCUGGAGCAGGCCUGCUACGGCGUCGUCUCCUGCGCCGACGUGCUCGCCUUCGCCGCCAGAGACGCCCUCGCCCUGGUCGGAGGCAGCUCGUACCAGGUGCCGGCCGGGCGACGAGACGGCAACGUCUCGGUGGCGGGGGAGACCAACGGGAACCUGCCGCCGCCGACCGCCAACGUGAACCAGCUCAACCAGAUCUUCGGCUCCAAGGGCCUCUCCCAGGCCCAGAUGGUCGCGCUCUCAGGGCGCACACGGUGGGUAUGGCGCAGUGCAGCUCCUUCAGCAGCCGGCUCUACUCGUACGGGACCAACGGCGGCAAGGACCCCAGCAUGGACCCGGCCUACCUGGCCACGCUCACCACGCAGUGCCCGCAGUCCGGCGCCAGCCAGCCCGUGGCCAUGGACCCCGUCACGCCCAACACCUUCGACACCAACUACUACGCCAACGUCGCCGCCAACCGCGGCCUGCUCGCCUCCGACCAGGCCCUCCUCGCCGACAACAGCACCGCCGCGCAGGUCCUCGGCUACACCGCCAGCCCCGGCACCUUCCAGACCGACUUUGCCAGCGCCAUGGUCGCCAUGGGCGCCAUCGGCGUGCUCACCGACAACCAAGGCACCAUCAGGACCAACUGCAGGGUCGUCGGCUAGCUGCUCGUCCAUCAGGAACCUGAACUGA